AUGGCCAACCCGCGUGUUGAGGAGCUCCCCGACGAGCCAGAGAAGCACAACCCGGAGGUCGAGGACGAGUCUUCUGACUCUGAUGAGGAGGGCGGCGAGGCCAACAUUCCCGCAGGCGCUCAGGUCGCCGUGCACAGCAGGAACGAGAAGAAGGCGCGCAAGGCUAUUGCCAAACUAGGCCUGAAGCACAUUGAAGGCAUUACCCGAGUGACUCUGCGGAGACCCAAGAACAUCCUCUUCGUCAUCAGCAACCCGGACGUCUACAAGUCUCCAUCUUCCAACACCUGGAUGUAAGGGAACAACGGGACAAAUGCGUGGCUUGUAGACCAUACUGACAAUGAUGUAGCAUCUUCGGUGAGGCCAAGAUCGAGGACCUCAACUCUCAAGCUCAGGCCUCUGCCGCGCAGCAGCUUGCCGCCCAGUCCGCCAACGAGGCCUCUCACGAUCACUCCGCCGACGGUGCCGACAAGGGCAAGGCUAUCGAGGGCGACGCUAAGAAGGCCGAGGAGGACGAGGAUGAUGGCGAAGAGGUUGACGACACGGGUCUUGAGGCGAAGGACAUUGAGCUCGUCAUGGCUCAGGCCAGCGUCAGCCGGAAGAAGGCUGUCAAGGCGCUCAAGGAGAACGACAAUGACAUCGUCAACAGUAUCAUGGCUCUCAGCAUAUAGCCUUGACCAGGGCUUGCUGCGAAGCUACGGAGACCGAAGCGGGUAGAAUGAGGCAGGGUUUGUCGUAAAUGUACACUGCUCAGAGUGAUCCCAAAAGAAGUGAGAACUCUUCAUCCCCGGUUGCAAAUAGUCUCUUUCUGCGCUCCUCCAACGUUUCUCCGUGUGUUGGGCCCACAAGCCAUUUCAGCAAGGCUGCUGGAGCCUACAGCGAGGCUCCCUCCAACUUAUACAUAUUUUGCUCGGUCAACGUUCAGGCGUCAUCAAACAUUGCUGUGUUUUGAAGUGUAUCUACUGCUUCCGCAUGCAUGCAGUGACGCCGUGGCCGAUUUAUCAAGUGCCCCAUGAAAUUUUGAUGUCAGGGCAGCUUGCAGCUUAGAGUUGCGGCUUCAGCCGAGGAAGCACCAGGAGCACUUUGGCGCAACCUCAUCUGCAGCAUCCAACAUCAUCCAAGUCACUCCAACACCUCAACACGCUCACAAUGGCGGCCACGGUAUGUCUAAACUUCUCCACGGGUAGCUAUGGGGCCAUCAAAGGCGGUAUUGGCGCGCAUGAGUUCUAAUCCGCUGUGUCGGACGUGCUCUUUCUGCAACCUCGGAACAGCAAGCUAACACCUGCUAUCAGCGUUCUGCUGCCGCAAAGAUCGACUGGGCCAAUUUGGGCACCAAGCUCGGCCUCCGAGGCGCGACUGCCAACGCUCUCUCGAACUUCAAGGCCCGCAACGAUGCCGCACGCCGCAAGGUCCAGCAACUGUCCGAGCAGCCUCAGACCGUCGACUUCUCCCACUACAAGCAGAUCUUGAAGAACCAGGACAUCGUCAACGACCUGGAGAAGCAGUUCAAAUCUUUCCAGCCCAAGAAGUACGAUGUGCAGAGGCAGAUCAAGGCUAUCGAGGCGUUUGAAGCCCAGGCCGUCAAGAGCGCUGAGGAGACAAAGGGCAAGGUUGACGCAGAACUGAGGGAUUUGGAGGCCACACUCAAGAACAUCGAGUCUGCGAGACCAUUCGAAGACCUCACUGUGGUGCGUAUUCGUCGCAUGCCUGACUUCCUACAUGGGAGGUCAGAAGUAUCACGUGACUUGGUCUUGGCUAAUCUCUCACGCAGGACGACGUUGUUGCAGCUCGCCCAGACAUCGACAAGCGCGUCGAGCAACUUGUGUCCAAGGGCCGCUGGCAAGUUCCAGGCUACCAAGUACGUUGUUCUCUUGAAGAACCCUCGUACGAAGUUUCCUCUCUAACCUCUUCCACAGGAGAAGUUCGGCAACCUUUCUGUUCUAUAA